CCUGUCACUCCAACCAAGAAUGGGAGAAUCACGAACGUCUUCAGUGCUGGUAAAGCAACUGUCUCCCUAGCCAAGAAACCCGCUACACCAACACUCCGAACACCAACGACACCUACCGUUGCAUCGCCGUAUACCCCAAUAAAGACCCUUUUCCGCCGUUCAGCAGCACCAACGGCACUCACCGCCCGUGAUACUGAGCGAGAUUUCCUGAAGAAGUGGAUAAAGGAGCGUGUUGAGGGUGGCAAGAGUGGGAGUAUGUACGUCUCUGGCCCACCGGGGACUGGGAAGAGUGCAGUGCUCUCUUCGAUUUGUACGGAGAUGAAGAAAGAGGAGGAAGGGGUGAAGGUCGUGGAGUUGAACUGUAUGGCGCUGAAUCGGGUUGAGGAAGUUUACACCGCUAUCGCUAACGCCAUAAACCCCGACGCCGCCUCCACCGAGGAUGGCCUACGAAAGGAGUUUGAGAAACAAGCGUGUUUGGUUGUGUUGGACGAGAUCGAUCAUCUCGCCGAGAAGGAGGAGGUCUUGUACGCCAUUUAUUCGCUCCCCCACCAUCCCAAAUCCCGCCUUCUCCUCGUUGGCAUCGCAAAUGCACUCGACCUGACAGACCGGGUGGUACCACGUCUACGCGCCAAAGGUGUCGAGCCGGAGCUGGUGCAGUUUCGACCGUAUAAGGCGGAGGAGAUCAAGGAGAUCAUCUUAGCCAAGUUAGGAAGUUUGAAGGAGGAGAGCGAGGGAGCGGGGUUGGGCGAGGUCAUGCAACCCGCCGCGGUGACGUUGUUGGCGAAGAAAGUCGCGGCAAGCACCGGUGACCUCCGAAAAGCUCUCGAUCUCUGUCGUCGCGCAAUCGAACUCGUCGAGUCCGAGGCGAAACGGGCUCCGUUAUUGCCUACGCAGGACCAGCAAACGGGGGUAAAGAAAGUCACAGUCGCACAUAUCGCUAGAAUCUCCGCUUCCGCAUUCGGUACGUCCACGGCACAACGUCUCAAAACCCUCAACCUACAACAAAAAGCUGUGUUGUGCGCACUGUGUGUCUCGAAAUCCCAAACCGUGGGUAAACUCUAUGAAAGCUACACGAAACUGUGUAAGCGUGAUCGGAUGAUCUCGCCGCUUGGGUCGAGUGAGUUUAGGGACGUGGUUGGGAGCUUGGAGGGGUGUGGAGUUGUGAAUUUGGGGGGUGCGGGGGUUGGUGGUGGUGGGGGGAAUAGUCCGGUGAAGAAGGGGAAAGGGGGGGAUGAGGAUUUGAGGGUUGGGUUGGGGGUGCCGGAGGUUGAGGUUGUUGUGGCUGUGGGGGAUGUGGGAGCGUUGAAGAGGUUUUUUGAUUGAGAUGGCAAUGAAGAGAGUCCGAUGAGUGCGGGUGUUGGUGUUGGAAUGCGAUUUCCCAUGGAGAGGCGUAUGGAUGCAGAUAUGGUCGUUGGAGGCCUACGGGUAGGUUUGAGUAGCAUUGGCGUUUUGUUAUGUGAAAUGGUAUACCACAAG